AUGUCUGAUUUAUCUGUUCCGUCCAAUUACAUACUGUUUCCUGGAAACAUGAUCGUGCUGCUUAUCACCGCAUCUGUUGCCAUUGGAAAUAUUGCCAUUAUGAUAUACUAUGGCAGUAUAGCAUACCGACGCAAACUGUAUUGGUCGGUCCCACAUCUCAUUGUCGUCAUCAAUGCAGUAUCGCUACUCCAUCAAGUUGUCACGCCAUUGACAAUAUAUAUUGAACUUACUCCGAUUAUGGUGAGUGUAGUGUCAAUCCGAGUCAUUACUGGGUUGCUAUCACUAUUUGGAUUGGCAUUACUGCAAGUCGAGGUGCGCGUGGCAUUUGGAGCCUUGUUCCAGGACCAAAGGUUACCAGACUGGUUUUCGACGGGAGCCAAAAUUGUUGUUCUGUUUCUGCAUGUAAUAUUGUGUUUUCCAGCAUAUGGAUUUCCAGUCUAUCGACCGUUCCGAUGGAUUAUACCGUGGGGUUCGUCGGGAUUUGCAAUCCAGGCGAUUUUGAUGACUUUUGUCAAUGUGUAUCUGACAGUAACCAUUGCAAGACGAUUAGCCGAAAACAAGAAAAAGAUGAGCAAGAAUGCAGACAAUUCUAGUCGCAAUCAAAUUGUUAUUUGGCUGAGUGUAACGACGAUCAUGGAUGUAGCAGCAGUAGUACUUUAUGUAGUACAUUUUUCGCUGGCUCAGUAUACUUCUGAUAUGGAAAAGAUAAAUCUGAGUCGGUUGAUGGAUCAAUUAUCAAGAUCGUUUCUUGGGAUUGAAGCCAUUGCCGAGUCACUAGUGUUGUUGGCAUUUACAACAAUGAUUUCACCCAAGACGACCAAAGUACAGCCUGCAAGUGGUGGCAGGAUAAAACAAAAACCUAUUUUACUUGAUACGACUACCACCGAUUCGAGUAUUUGUAACGCUAAAACUUUAAUCGACAGUCAAACUUAUGUGGCAUAA